AAAAACUGAAAAAAAAAUAUACUAAACUAAAGUUAUCACAAAGUAGAGUUAAAAAAAUUAUAUAUAACCAAAAGGCUCCUAGGCCAAAAAAAUUUCAGAUUUGUUAAUGAUAGAUAUUCGAUUACUUGUAUUCUUCCUUUCGGCUUGUCUCUUAGUCAUAAUAUAACGUUCAUUGAGUGUUUUAAGUCCAGUUUAAUCGACAACAAAUAGAAUAAUACUGAGAGUGAAUUCACCCACUACACAAUUUAUAAAAUGAGUAGCGAUUACGGUGGUCUAGGUAUAGUUCUAGAAGAGAGAGAACCGACAACCUCUCAUAUUCCAGAACAGUUACAUAAAAAUUCCAUAAGUUCCAUUACAACCAUAUCUACCUCGAGUCCUUUGGCAUCUGAACCAGUAUCAAGACGUCAGAGUCAGAAUAAUACUAAUACGAAUGAAAUUUUAUUAGUAGCUGAAAAAUUAAUUGGAACUGCAGCUACAAAUAUUGGUCCUGACCAAACUCAAAUACCUGAAGAUAUCUUAAAUACUACUCCCAUACUAGCAAAUGAACAUCAUAGUGAAAGUUCUACUACCAUUCAAGAGAAAUCAGCUAUUGAAACUGAAACACUUUUACCACCCUUACCUGAUGAUUCAUCUGAUCUCAUCACUCAUAGUACUACCCUUGUAAGACCAACAUUACAUGCUGAUACAACAUCUAUAUCUGCCAGUAAUAGUUUGGUAUCUCCAAUAACUGCUUCAGCACCUUUAUUAAGUAAUAGUGAAGAUAAUGAAAAUAAUGUAUUAUCAUGUCUAACCUCCAAUAAUACAACAGGUAAAGAUAACGGUGAUGCAUCAAGUUUACAACAAUCAGAUUUAUCAGAAUUUUUACAGAGAGAUCAACCUUUUUCAAAUUAUGAGUUAGAUUCACCAAGUCUUCAUCUUGACACUUCUAACUUUCAAAUAUUCCCAUCUUUAAACCAAUCAAAUAGUUCAUCAGUCAACGGUAGUGUCCCUAUUCUGACUAAUAACAGUAACAGUAACAGUAAAAUAUUAAAUUCAAAUACAAACACGAAUACAAAUUCAGGUAACAAUACAUCUCCUUUGAAAAGAUUAAAGAGUUUAAAGAAUGGGAUUAGAAAAUUAUCCUUAUCAUCCAGUAAUAAUAAUAAUUCAUCAAAUUCUUUGCCACCUCCAUCCGUUCCUCAUGUUUUAUCAGUAGUAUCUAAUAAAGGAAAUUCUCCUGCUAUUAGACCAUUAGUUACUCCUUUACAGGAUGAAUUUGCAGCUCCAUUAGCUCCCAAUCAUCACAGUAAUCAGCAUUCUCAUUCUUCAACAUCCUCAUCCUCGAAUUCAAGUGUCACAUCAGGCUUAAAUCCAACUAAAGGAAAACGAUCAAGAACCUUAUCUAAUUCAGCAAUGUUGACUCCCGUGACACCACCACUUUCUUCUCCAAUCAUCACAAUUUCUGAGAAUCUUUCCGGUACGAAGCAAACAUUAUCAAAUAUUGAGCAGAAUUACUUUGAUGUUUUAAACUCAAAGUUCACAUCUACUGUAUUUUCUGGUAGUCAAAGAGAAAACCAUGCUAAGAUUGCUCAACAAUUAGAUAAUGAGGUAUCGUUUGAAAGUGAAGAUCGUAGAGGUAGAGUGAAUUCGAUUUCUGAGUUAACUCAAGCUGAUGAAUUGAUUAAUUUCGCUAACUACAUAAAUAAACAAAAGCAAUCAAUGAGUGAUGCUUUUGAUUUAACCAGAAAACAUCUAAUGGAAAGUGGAUGGUGUUCUGAUCAUGAUUUGAAUAAUUUACAAUUACAACAAGAUUCAUCCAUGAGUCAAUUAGAUACAAAACUAUUACAAGUAGAGGAGAAAUUGAAUCGAGAAUUUAGUAUUUCAAUAUUACAUGAUUCUAAUAAUGAUUCUAAUUCAUCAAUAUCAUCAACAUCUCCUAAGAAAAAAUUAAUAACUUCUAGAACCCGUCUUAAUGGUUCUGGUGGUGCUCAUAGUCCAAAUAAUAAUGACUUACCAAUAAGUCCAAGUUUAAAAGUUUUAGAAAGUAGAUGUUUUUCAUUUGCCGACAUUUAAUUCUUUUCAUAUAGCGAUAAUUACAUUUGCUAUUUUGCCAUGCUUUACGACCUUUCUAUUCAAUGCUAUAUUUUUUUAUAAAUUUUUAAUGUCAAUUGGGGGUUUUAAUUACUAUCCGGGGUUGGUAAGGGUUUUGCUUUUAUUUACCAACAUUUUUUUCUAAUUCAUUUCAUAAUUAUUUCUAGGGUGUUAAUCACAAGAGCCUUAAAAAGG